AUGACUUUUCUCCUUACUUUUAAAGUUCUUUAUUUCUUCUUAUUUCCCUUCCUGACUUACACUGAUUUAUUCUCUCUCUCUCUCUCUUCUGAUUCUUCAUUUUUUCCUUCAUUCUUUCUGCUCCGACACGAAGUCUCUUCUUCUCUUUCUCUCUCAUGUUUCAUCACUCUUUUCUUUAUCUGCUUCUUUUCUCUCUCUUUCUCGUUUCAUCUCUCUUUUCUUGAUCUGUGCCCAUUUCAUUUUUUUUAUCUCUCUCUCUCUCUCAUUUCAUUUCAUCUCUCUUUUUUUAUUCUCUUUUUCUUUGAAUCUUUUUCUCUCUUUCUCUCAUAUCUCUUUGCUUCUUUUCUCUCUCUCUCUUUCAUUUCAUCUCUCUUUUCUUUAUCUACUCCUUUUUUUUCUCUCACUUUCUCUCUUCUUUCAUCUCUCUUUUUUCAUCUGCUCUUUUCCUGUGUUUCUUGUUCCAUCUCUCUUUUUCUGCUCCCUUUAUCUAUCUGUUCAUUUUUUUCUUUCUCUCUCUUUUCUUUAUCUGCUUUUUUCAUUUCUCUUUUCUUUAUAUGCUCCUUUUUUCAUCUCCUUUUUUUUUUAUCUUUCUCUCUCUCUCUUUUGCAUUUCAUCUCUUUUCUUUCUCUCUUUUCAUCUCUCUCUGCUCUCUCUCUCUUGUUUCAUCUCUCUUUUUUUUGUCUUUAUCUCUCUUUUUCUUUAUCUGCUUUUUCUUUUCUCUCAUUCAUCUUUUUUUUAUCUCUCUCAUUUCAUCUCUUUUUUUUUUCUCUCUCAUCUGCUGCUCUUUUCUCUCUCUCCUUGGUGCAUCUCUCUUUUCUUUAUAUGCUCCUUUUCUUUCUCUCUCUCUUUUCAUUUCUCCCUUUUUUCAUCUGCUUUUUUCUCCAUUUCAUCUGCUCUUCUCUUUCUCUCUAUUUCAUCUCUCCUCUCUCUCUCCCUUGUUGCAUUCUCUUUUCUUUAUCUACUCCUUUCAUUUCAUCUCCCUUUUUCUCUCUCUUUAUCUGCUCCUUUUAUUUCUGCUCCCUUUUCUUUUCUCUCUCAUUUCAUCUCCCUUUUUAUCUGCUCCUCUCUCUCUCCCUUGUUUGUCUCUCUUUUCUUUAUCUGCUUCUUUUUUUUCUCUCUCUCUUUCAUCUCCCUUUUUUUCUAUCUCCCUCUCUCUCUCCCUUGUUGCAUCUCAUCUCUUUUUCUUUAUCUGCUUUUUAUCUUUUCUCUUUUGUUGCAUCUCUCUUUUCUUUAUCUGCUCCUUUUCUUUCUCUCUCAUUUCAUCUCCCUUUUUUUUAUCUGCUCCUCUCUCUCUCCCUUGUUUCAUCUCUCUUUUCUUUAUAUGCUUCUUUUCUUUCUCUCUCAUUUCAUCUCUCUUUUUUUAUCUGCUCCUCUCUCUCUCCCUUGUUUCAUCUCUCUUUUCUUUAUCUGCUCCUUUUCUUUCUCUCUCAUUUCAUCUCCCUUUUUUUAUCUGCUCCUCUCUCUCUCCCUUGUUUCAUCUCUCUUUUCUUUAUCUGCUCCUUUUCUUUCUCUCUCAUUUCAUCUCCUCUUUUCUUUUUUUUUUCUCUCCAUUCAUCUCUCUUCUGCUCUCUCUCUCUCUCUCUUGUUUCAUCUCUCUUUUUUCUUUAUCUCUCCCUUUUUUAUCUGCUCUCUCUUUUUCUUCUCUCUCUCAUUUCAUCUCUCUUUUUUUCUCUCUCUUUCCUCUCUCUCUCAUUUCAUCUCUCUUUUUCUUUUUUUUUUUAUCUGCUCCUCUCUUUCUUUCUUUCUCUCUCAUUUCAUCUCCCUUUUUUUAUCUGCUCCUCUCUCUCUCUUUUUCAUCUCUCUUUUUCUUUAUCUGCUUUUUUCUUUCUCUCAUUUCAUUUCAUCUCUUUUUUUUUAUCUGCUCUUUUUCAUCUCUCUCUCCUUGUUUCAUCUCUCUUUUCUUUAUCUGCUUCUCUUUCUUCUUUUCUCCCUUUUUUAUCUCUCUCUCUCCCUUUUGCAUCUCUUUUUUUAUCUGCUCCUCUCUCUCUCCCUCUCUCUCUUUUUCUUUUUCUGCUUUCAUCUCUCUCUUUUUUUUUUAUCUUUAUCUCUCUUUUUCUUUAUCUGCUUCUUUUUCUUUCUCUCUCAUUUCAUCUCCCUUUUUUUUUAUCUGCUCCUCUUUUCUUUCUCUCUCAUUUCAUCUCCCUUUUUUUUUUCUCAUCUCUCUUCUUUUAUCUUCUUCUCUUCUUUUCUUUCUCUCUCAUUUCAUCUCUCCUUUUUUCCCUUUUUUUUCUGCUCCUCUCUCUCUCCUUGUUUCUCUUUUCUUUAUCUCUCUUUUUUCUCUUUAUCUGCUUUUUUUCUGCUUUCUCUCUCAUUUCAUCUCUCUUUUUUUUAUCUGCUCCUCUCUCUCUCUCUCUUUUUUAUUUCAUCUCUCUUUUUCUUUAUCUGCUCCUUUUUCUUUCUCUUUUAUCUACUCCUUUUUUUCUCUCUCACUUUCUCUCUCAUUUUCAUCUCCCUUUUUUUUAUCUUUUCUCUUUUCUUUAUCUCUCUCUUUUUCAUCUCUCUUUUUUAUCUGUGUUUCUUGUUUCAUCAUCUCUCUUUUUCUUUCUUUAUCUCUUUUUUAUCUGCUCUUUUUCCUUGUUGCUCUCUUUUUCUUUAUCUCUCCUUUUCUUUCUCUCUCAUUUCAUCUCCCUUUUUAUCUCAUUUUGUUUUUCAUCUCUCUUUUCUUUAUCUGCUCCUUUUUCUUUCUCUCUCAUUUCAUCUCCUUUUUUUCUCUCUCUCUCAUCUCUCUCUCUUUUCUCUUGUUUCAUCUCUCUUUUUUUGUCUUUAUCUCUGCUUUCUUUUUUAUUCUUUCUCUUUUUAUCUGCUUCUCUCUCAUUUCAUCAUCUCUUUUUUUUCUCUCCCUUGUUGCAUCUGCUCUCUUUUUUAUCUGCUCUCUCUCUCCCCUUGGUGCAUCUUUUUUAUCUGCUCCUUUUCUUUAUAUGCUCCUUUUCUUUCUCUCAUUUCAUCUCCUUUUUUUUUUGCAUCUGCUCCUCUCUCUCUCUCUCUUUUCUCUCUCUCCUUUUGUUUCAUCUCUCUUUUCUUUAUCUGCUCCUUUUUUCUUUCUCUCUCGUUUCAUUUCUCUUUUUUUAUCUGCUCCUCUCUCUCUCCCUUGUUGCAUCUCUCUUUUCUUUAUCUGCUCCUUUUCUUUCUCUCUCAUUUCAUCUCCCUUUUUUUAUCUGCUCCUCUCUCUCUCCCUUGUUGCAUCUCUCUUUUCUUUAUCUGCUUCUUUUCUUUCUCUCAUCUCCCUUUUUUAUUUCAUCUCUCUUUUUUUUAUCUGCUCUUUUCUUUCUCUCUCAUUUCAUCUCCCUUUUUAUCUGCUCCUCUCUCUCCUUGUUUCAUCUCUCUUUUCUUUUAUAUGCUCUCUUUUUCAUCUCUUUUUCUUUUUCUCUCUCAUUUUUUAUCUGCCCUUUUUUUAUCUGCUCCUCUCUCUCUUUGUUUCAUUUUUCUCUUUUUUUUAUCUCUCUUUCUUUAUCUGCUCCUUUUUUUUUCUCUCUCAUUUCAUCUCCUUUUUUAUCUGCUCAUCUCUCUCUCUCUCUUUUGUUUUUUCUUUAUCUGCUUCCUUUCUUUCUCUCAUCUCUCCCUUUUUUAUCUUUUCUCUUUAUCUGCUCCUUUCUCUUUUUCAUCUCUUUUUUUAUCUCUCUCAUUUCUUUAUCUCUCCCUCUCUCAUUCAUCUCUCUUUUUAUUUUUCUCUCUCUCCUUGUCUCUCUUUUCUUUAUCUGCUCCUUUUCUUUCUCUCUCAUUUCAUCUCCCUUUUUUUAUCUGCUCAUCUCUCUCCCUUUUUCUUUUUCUUUUUUCUCUCUUUUUAUCUGCUUCUUUUCUUUCUCUCUCAUUUCAUCUCCCAUUUUUUAUCUGCUCCUCUCUCUCUCUCAUUUCAUCUCUCUUUUCUUUAUCUGCUUCUUUUCUUUCUCUCUCUUUCAUCUCAUUUCAUCUCCCUUUUUUUUUCUGCUUUUCUCUCUCUCUCAUCUCUCUUUUCUUUAUCUGCUCCUUUUCUUUCAUCUCCUUUUUUAUCUGCUCCUCUCUCUUUUUUUAUCUGCUUUUCUUUUCUCUCUUUUUUUCUCAUUUCAUCUCUCUUUUUUUUCUCCCCUUUUCUUUAUCUGCUCCUCUCUCUCUCUCAUUUCAUCUCUCUUUCUUUAUCUGCUUCUUUUUCUUUAUCUCUCUCAUUUCAUCUCCCUUUUUUUUAUCUGCUCCUCUCUCUCUCUCAUUUCAUCUCUCUUUUCUUUAUCUGCUUCUUUUCUUUCUCUCUCAUUUCAUCUCCCUUUUUUUAUCUGCUCCUCUCUCUCUCCCUUGUUUCAUCUCUCUUUUCUUUAUCUGCUUCUUUUCUUUCUCUCUCAUUUCAUCUCUCUUUUUUUAUCUGCUCCUCUCUCUCUCUCAUUUCAUCUCUCUUUUCUUUAUCUGCUUCUUUUCUUUUCUUUUUCUCUCUCUUUUUUUAUCAUUUCAUCUCCUUUUUUUUAUCUGCUCCUCUCUCUCUCUCUUUUUCAUCUCUCUUUUUUCUUUAUCUGCUUCUUUUUCUUUUCUCUCUCAUUUCAUCUCCCUUUUUUUAUCUGCUCCUCUCUCUCUCUCCUCUUUUUUUAUCUCUCCUCUUUUCUUUAUCUGCUUCUUUUCUUUCUCUCUCAUUUCAUCUCUCUUUUUUUAUCUGCUCCUCUCUCUCUCUCAUUUCAUCUCUCUUUUCUUUAUCUGCUUCUUUUCUUUCUCUCUCAUUUCAUCUCCCUUUUUUUAUCUGCUCCUCUCUCUCUCCCUUGUUUCAUCUCUCUUUUCUUUAUCUGCUUCUUUUCUUUCUCUCUCAUUUCAUCUCUCUUUUUUUCUCUCUCUCUUUCCUCUCUCUCUCUCUCUCUCUUGUUUCAUCUCUCCUUUUUUUUUUAUCUGUCUGCUUUUCUUUUCUCUCUCAUUUCAUCUCCCUUUUUUUCUCUUCUUUAUCCUCUCUCUCUCCCUCUGUCUCUCUUUUUUAUCUCUCCUUUUUCUUUAUCUCUCUUUUCUUUAUCUGCUUCUCUCUCUUUUUUAUCUGCUCCUCUCUCUCUCCCAUUUUCUCAUUUCAUCUCUCUCCUUUUUUUUAUCUGCUUUCUCUUUUUCUCUCUCUUCCUUGUUGCUCUUUUCUCUCUUUUUUUAUCUGCUUCUUUCUUUCUCUCUCAUUUCAUCUCUCUUUUUUUAUCUGCUCCUCUCUCUCUCCCUUGUUUCAUCUCUCUUUUCUUUAUAUGCUUCUUUUCUUUCUCUCUCAUUUCAUCUCCCUUUUUUUAUCUCUCUCUCUCUUGUUUCUCUCUUUAUCUCUCCUUUUCUUUCUCUCUCAUUUCAUCUCUCUUUCUCUUUUCUUUAUCUUUUUUCUCUCAUUUCAUCUGCUCCUUUUCUUUCUCUCUCAUUUCAUCUCCCUUUUUUUUUAUCUCUGCUCUGCUUUCUCUCUCUUUUUUUAUCUCUCCUCUCUCUCUCUCUUUUUAUAUGUUUUUUCAUCUCUCUUUUUUAUCUUUAUCUGCUCCUUUUUUUCUUUCUCUCUCAUUUCAUCUCCCCUUUUUUAUCUGCUCCUCUCUCUCUCUCGUCUCAUCUCUCUUUUCUUUAUCUGCUCCUUUUCUUUCCCUCUUUUCAUUUCUUUUCUUUCUCUCUCACAUCUCCUCUCUCCUCUCUCUCUCUCCUUUUUCAUUUCAUCUCUUUUUCUUUCUCUCUCAUCUGCUCCUUUUCUUCCUCUCUCAUUUCAUCUCUCUUUUUUUAUCUGCUCCUCUCUCUCUCUCUCUCUUGUCAUUGUUCACUCUCUCUCCCUUGUUUCAAAUGGAUUAUCUGAUAUCUCCCUUUUUAUUUUCUCUCUCUCCUUGUUGCAUCUCUAAUUAUAUCUCCGUGAAUUGUGUUUUCCUCUCAAGUGCCACAUUCAUCUCCCUUUUUUAUCUGCUCUCUCUCUCCUCCCCAUUUGAUACCAGAUCUUUCUCUCUCUCUCUCUUCAAACUCUCUUUCUCUCCUCAGGCUUUCUUUCUUUCUUUCUCUCUCCCUCCCUCCUCCAAUCUCUUUUUUUUCUUUCUCUGUUCCUCCUUUUCUUUCUCGGUUUUACUCAAUUUCUCCUUCUCUCUCUCUCUCUCUCCUCAGUCUUUCUUUCUUUCUCCUUGA